AUGCAGGGCAAGUGCUCGCAUUUUGGGGCAAAGACGCAUCUGUGAGCCUGUCCACAGCAGCGGAGAAGGAUCCCAUUGCGACGUGGGGGGAGAAACGCAGCUUGGGCGCAUACGCUGUGGAGGUGGGACAGUCAAAAUGAUGCGUAGGAGGUGCAGUGUUGAGUCGUAUUGAUGGAUGUGUUAACAGACAGCAGUCUCACAUUGAUUGUGAAGACUUCAGAACCAGAGAAUGCAAAUAUACUGGAGACCACAGGAGUAUGUGAGCCGAGUGGUGAUCUGAGUCUUUGCGGGCUCAUUGAUGCUGCUCUCCCUCCAUCCUCACCUCAUCCUGAUGCAGAGACUCCACAGCAGCCUUGCCUAACACACCAGAGGAUCACAGCUGCAUCGCCAACCCUACCCCUGCCCAUUGGCACUGACCCAUCUUUGGGCCUGACAGCAGCCUCUUGCCCUUCCGCUGAUGACUCUUCCACUGUAGUCCCCCAACUUCACCACACUCCCACACCCACACCACUCCCCACCACAGCUAUAAACUCGUGGAGCUCAGGUGGAAACACCCAGAAGACUCCACCUACUCUACCCAUUGUCCUCCCGCUGUCAGCUACAAUGAUGGAGCCUGGCACCAUGUCUGCCCUGACAGAGGAGUGCCUUCUUCAGCCUUCCCGCACAUGCCUGGGCUGCUUCAUUGAAACCAAUGAUGCCACUGACCCCAGUUCCAUACAGAACCCGCCCCAUGACCCUAACGCCAGCCCCGACACAGAGACUGGGCUAAGUGUGAGGAUAGGGGAUGUGACCCGAGAGGACUUUUCUGACAUCAACAACAUCAGCAUCCAGUGCCUGAGCCAUGCAGGGGAAACAGUGAGUCACUAUGGAGAGCAGCUCCUCUCUGACCAGUUACUUAGCUUUCCUAUGCCGAAAGCCCCAGAUGAGGGCAAAAGAGUGGAUGGAAACAAAACAACAGAAGAUUGUGAUGAUCCAGAGGAUGAUGCAACAGCUAAGAACUUGUAUGAGGGACUGCUACUUGACAAAGUGAGUGGAGAAGAGGUUCUGUUGGCGAAUGCUGGCCAGGACUGGGGAUACUUUGAGUCCUUUAUCAGUGAGAGUAAGAUGGAACUGCUUGACCUUUGCUCUAAGAAUGAACUAUCAGUCAACCUCUUCUCUGAGGAAGAUGUUGACAAUCUUUUUGAUGAUGAAGAUGAUGAUUCAACACUAAGCAGCGAUGUAUGUUCACUUAAGAUUCGAUAUGAGUCUUUCCAGGACAACAUGAGGGAAAAAACUAAUGUGCUCCAGGAGGAGACACAAUUUAACUUUUUCCCCAGUGUCCUGGCCAAUUGUGCCAAGAAAGAGGAUGGAGUGGGAGUCCUGAGGAGGAGUACUGAGGAGCUGCAGCCCAAAACAGAUGAGCUCAUCCUGGAGACAGGGCAGGAGGGAAAAGCUGGGGACUGCAGCGGUGCAAGCCCCACUGAUGGCUCCCAAGGUUCACCCAUGUCUACUCCCAAAGUCAGUUACUUAAUAGACUUCACUUCCACAGAGGAGUCAGGAGAAUUCAGCGAUGACAGCUCCUGUACUGGAUCCUCCUCAGAUACCCUGCAGGAGGGCAAAUUUAAAAAGGGUCAUUCAAAGAGAUUUCUCAGCCCCUCCAACCCUCUCAACUAUGGCUUACGCUCCAAGAGAAAGGUUCGAUAUAGUGAUGAUUACUUAUAUGACGUUGACUCACUUGAAAGUGAGAAGAAUGCAGAGAAAAAAGAGAAAGCUCCCGCUGGUCAAAAAGAGGAGGAGGAUGUAGACUGGUGCCCCAAAAAGCGCCGGAAAUCAUGUCGUAAAGAGCCACCUGUGGUCAUCAAGUACAUUAUAAUCAACAGGUUUAAAGGAGAGAGACUCAUGUCAGUGAAGCUGGGCAAGUUAGACCCUGUGGAUGAUAGUGUGAGUUUAAAUGCAGACACAGUAAGCAAAUAUGAGACACUGGCUCCUCUGAAGGAUUUCUGGCAAGAGAGGCAAAGAGAGAGACAGGAACAGCUUAAGCUGGUUGCCAGAGAUAAACAACGCAGUUUUCAUCUAAAUGGACGCCACCAUCGCCCUUUUAAUUCAAGUCAUCCCAAAAGGAAAUACAAGAUUGCAAACAGGCUUAAGGUUCAGAGGAUUCACGCUGUGGAACAAUCAGCAACAGUACAGGGCUCCCCUCUCUCUGAUCUGGGCCAGGGAGGUGUCACUAAAGAGGAGGCCACCCACAUGGCAGGGGGAAUAAUAGAUCCAGGACUCCCAGUCACAUUAGACACAAACUCCAUCACACACUUGGUCACAGCCAAGAGCCGCUCCCAGGAGAGGGAAGAGAGAGAGGGGAGAAGAUUGGGAGGAAAUAAAACAGUCAGAAUAAGGAAAUUCAAAAGCGAAGCUAGGCUGAGGAGCCAGAAAAUGAAACAGGCAGAAAGAGAGGAGGGAAAGAGUGUGACAAAUGAAACUGAUGCCUGUGUUGCUGCAGCACAGAUUGAGGACCCCGCUGCUGGGUUAGAACAGGCAGGCAGUAGCUCAACUGCAGUCAAAUCCCAUUUCCCUGACAAUACCACCACUGCGCACACGUCUGAGGAGGAAUUCCCCUUUGUUUCUUCCACCUGCUCGUCUGAAAAAGCUUCCUCCUCAGAGGAGGUGGAGGCAGGUGUCCCUGUCAUCCCGGGGGGCUACCUGCAGACCCUGUUAGAUGCUACAGACUCUUCUGGUGGAGCAGCUAUCCCAUAUUUCCCCCAGCAGCCCUCUAGGCAGCAGUAUCCUGUGGGGUUAUCUCUAGAGGAGAAACAGUUUUCUUCUCUGCAGCUCGCUCAGAGCUGUGUCCUCUCGCCUCCCUCUGAGUCCGAGCUCCAGCAGUCUCCCCAGAACUGCCCCAGUUUCCCCCAGAUGUGGCACCCACAGCUCUGUGCAAGUCACAGCCAGAGCUUUGGGCCAGAGACCCCUGAGACUCCAAUCCUACCCAACAACUUCUCAGGUGCUGUGCCCCUGAACGACAACCUGUCAGUGUCUAACUACAGCCAGCUGAGCCCUGAGGCUGACAGGCUGCUUUAUGAGAAGAGCUACCUGAAUGAGGCUGGGCUGCAGCCUGGGGCAGAUCUGCAAGUGUGUCAGUCUGCCGGUGUGGAUGGCCAGGUGCAAUACCAGAGAGGGUCCUUGUGUACAGAUAACGGCAGGCUCAUCAGCUAUGACUCAGUGGGCUCUCUGUCAGCCUCCUCCAGCAAUUACAGCUCCCUCAGCCUCAAGUCCUGUGAACGAGAGGGAGAGGAGGAAGGCCGAGACAGUUUCUUAGCUCACUGCAGUCCAAAAGUGGUGAUUCAGCAGAGUGUGGAUGCCCUUACUCCACUCAGGGAGUCCUCAGACCUGCUGGAUAUCUCUAACUUCACCCCUGACAAGUUUAGACACUCAUCACUGUCUGAGCUCUCCCCUCCCGAGACCCCCAACCUGUCCCCGCAGGUGGUGGGGCGUGAAAUAAAGAUGGCGGGAAAUGUGGGAGAAUACCAGGAUGUGAAUGAUAUAACUAUUGACUGCAAUAGGGAGGUAAAGUGGAACUGUGACGUUUUGCAGCAACAAGAGCACACAGCAAAUGCAUACACAGUGGAAGACAGCCAAUUUCCACUGCACAACUUCAACAAUCAGGAUGUGUUAUGUUUAGAUAAAAAGGAGUUGGGAGUUACAGAAUUUGAUGAACAGACUGGUGAGAUGUUGGCUGGUGCGAAAAGCAUCAAAUCAAAGCGGAAAGGCAAUUGCAAACAAACUGCUGCAGCACAGAGCUCAAAGAAAGCCCGGGCUCCACGAGCUCCCAAGUCAGAAAAGGUCAAGAUGCCAAAACAGAACUCACGUUCCACUAAAAAGAUAAAGGCCAUGUUAGAGGGUAAGGCAGCAAAGAACCAGGCAGCUGGUUGUGGUCCAGGCCUGACUGACAGUAGCAGUACUGGGGACUGGUCUGGCACUGGCUGGUCAGAGAGCAACAAUCUGGUAGGGGAUGACCAGAGAGAAUUCGAGGAGCCCUCCAAUAUUCUGUCCAACAUUGUCUCUGGCAUGGCUGAGGUCCAAAGGUUCAUGAUGGCCUCCAUUGAGCCACUGUGGAAUCCCAUGUCAGAGGCCUGUACACCCUCUGAGGCCAAUAGCCUCAACCUAAAGACCCUCAAAAUCUUGGCAGGUACAGAGGCUGACCUGAAGAAAAAAGGAGCCACGCUAACAGGGGCGGGGAGAGGCAGGAAGGCUGGAGGAAAGGGAGGCAAAAACCAGGCCAAAUUCAACCCCUCUCAUCCCUUAUUCCCUCAACUAGCACUGGGCUGUAACAUGUUUGAUAAACCCAACUUUAUUAACCCCGGGCCUGCACACAAAAAGCUGUACCGCCACAAGACCAGUGCAAAGUUCCCUCGGAUUGAGACACUGAAGGGGAAGCGAGGUGAGAGAGACCAAAAUAAGGACAUAGCACUGAUGACCUCUUUUGAGAAACUGAGGUAAUAUUUUGUUAUCAGCUGCUGUUGCACCCCUUUCUCACUUUCCCCCACUACCUGCUCAGUCCUCCCUCCCAAGCAUACCUACACUGACGCUAUGCCAGAGCUGCAUGAGUACUACGUUCCCCCCUGACUGCUCCCAAUUCCUUUUAACCCCCUGACGAGGAAAUUAAUAUCUGCAUGAAAAAAAAUUCUUGUACUUUGCAAACUACCUAUUGAGUGAUUGUGUCAAGCUUGAUUGAGAUUUGAAACGACCAUGGCUGCAUUUUUCUUGCUUUCGUUGUUUCUGCUUUGUUUGUUCUUCUUAUAGUCGUUUCUGUUUUAUUUUUGUCUGAAAAAAAGAAGAAUAAGCCUUGAAAACAAUUCUGUCGCUUUUUUGAGCAAUUUUGUUUUUGUAUUUUCUCAGCAGAACGAGCGUCCCUGAAUUAUGUAUUUAUUCCCUAUUUUCCCUAAAGAUGUAGCUAUUUACACAAAUGCAUUAAGUGACAUCUGCGCACCCCUCCUCAUCUGUUUUUGUAUGCAGAAUAUGGAUGUCCUGUUGUUGCUGUCCUUCAUACACUGCCUGGCUCAUUUCAAGAGGGAAACCUUCAGUUAAUGAGCCCUAUUUAAGCCCAAGACAUCUUGAAAACUCAAGAUGGGACCAUUUUGUAUCGACGACAUAUCAGACAUUGUCAUUUUUUUCCCCUUCAAAGUUGGAAUGACUCCCCAUUUCCUUUUAUUAAGCAUUUCUGUUUUUUCUUCUGGAGUUUAGAGGAACUUGUUAUCUAAAUUUACAUUUUUACACCUUGAAAAUUCAUAAAAGCUCCACCCUCAGAGUAUUUUUGUCAAUGUUAUUGUACAGGGACAUGCAAUAUUUGCAAAAAAAAGAUGAUUAUACUCUUAAAAUCAAUGUGCCAAAAGUAACAAUGCUGUGUAAAUGACCUCUUAUAUAUGUGUGAAUAUUGGCUGUUCCGCUUUUCUAUCCAUUGGAAUAUUGGUUGCUCGGGUUGGAGAGUCCUUAAGAGAUUUGCCACUACAGGAAUUCUUUAUUUGGGACUUUUGUCUAUCCUCCGAUGAAAGGCACCAUCAGCUGGCAGUGGUACACCACCACUCACUAAACCAAAUCAGAAAGACUGGAUUUUCCUCAUUUCCCCCACUUUGUUUGCCAAAUUCAAUUUACCUCAACAUUGCCUGGCACUGAGAAGCAACAAAAGAGAGGCAAAAGGGAGAUGUGCUCUGAAGGCUACUGUAGAGGAAGAACAAGAAAAAAGAGAUGUUUAUAUGAGCUUUCUCUGGACCAAGGAGAGUGUAGUGCAGAUGUUUGAGGGUAAGCAAGGAAAUUAUUUGUCAUCUGUCAGAGGCUGUGCCUCACUGAAUAGCUGUUUUGUACAGGACGGUUCAAGGCGGUUUAUUACUCAUUGAGAUUCUGAUGCACGCAUCAGUUGUGAAUGGAUAUUACGUUUCUGCAUUUAGAUUUAAUCUGAAUGUGAAAGCAGUUUUCAGUACAAAUUGAAUCAGUAAUCUUGUAAAUGAAGGAAAGCAUGUCUGUGCAUUGGCUCCACAUACUUCUGUUUUACCUGUAACAGUAUUUUUCUCGACACUCUCAUGUAAUUUAUUUCUCAACACUGCCAAACUUAACACAUUUCUCACUGGUGUAUUCAGUCUUUAAUUACUUUGGACCAUUUUCCAUAUAAUGUUUUCUUUUUACUGUACUCUUUUAUAAGUUGCCAUUAUCAUCUCAGUUUAACUGGUUGGUAUUUUUGGCAGAAAAUAUAGUGAAAAUCAAGGUCAAAUGAGGGCAGGAAUUAGAAAAACAUAUACUGGCACUAUCUGAUCCAGUGUAUUCCCAGGACAUUAAUAAUACUAAUUAAUGUAGAUUCACUUCUCCAGUGCCCUGAAAUAAACCUACUUUAAAAUGGACCCUAUAAUCAUGUCUCAUCUGCUAGAUUUUUUUGUAUAAUUAUUAAUACUCAGGAGAAAUUCAGAGCCUCUUCAAAUAAAUGCCCAAACAAUAGACCUAUAUUUUAUCCAUUUUAUAGAAUGAGAUGUGCUAUAAAAUGAAAUUGAUUUAAAAACAGGCCUUGUCACACGGGAUAUGGGUUAUUCCAACGAGCCAGUAAUUGAUAACAUGUAUUUGACCAGAUUCAUAAUCAAUCUUAGUCUCUUCUUUCUCUCCUCUGUGCCAUGAUCCUUUGUUUCUUUUCUCCAGUGUAUCAGGGUUAGGACCAAGACAAGCUGCUGAUGGGAAGCUCCACAUGGGCCGCAAGCCUAUUUAGUCUGCCUUCUCUUAUUUCUGCCUAUUGUCAAAUUGAAUGUACUUCUCUGAGUUCAUAGUUUUUCUUUUCUUUGUUUUUAAAAUGUGCCACUGUUGAGCUGCCUCACGUUAAUGGUGCUAAGAAAGCUGACAAAUCGUUUUUCUUUCUUUUUGUCUUCUCCUUUCUUUUUGUUCCUUUUUUUCUUUGUGUUUCGUUUGUUUGUUUGUUUACCCAGAGUUAACAAAAAAGAAAUGCAAAAUAGAUUAGGUACCUAACCCUCUUUAUGAAUGUAUAUUAUAAUGUUAUGUUUGAUGUAUUCACUUCAUGAUUCUUUGACAAUGAUUGGAAUUACUUUUGCUCUUUUCAUUAAAAGAUUACCGAGCUUUAUAUAUACUGUCUAGAGUUGUUACCAGAAGGAAUCUUAAUGAACUCUUGACACUACAAAAUCUUGUAUAUUUUUUGUGUGCCAAUUUGUAACAUAUUUUGUAAGUGUAUAUUUUUCUUAGAAAGUGCUGUGAAGUAUUUGUGUGUGUGAGUAACCUUUUAUGCGCCUCUAUGGGCAGUGGAAAGGAUAUACAAUGACAAGUUUCUGGUUUUAAAAACCAAAAUAUGAAAGUAUCAACAGAAAACUAGAACUAUUUACAUUUUGUUGGGAGUUUUGUAAUAAGACCAUGAUCUUGUUGUGAGAGUGUUGUGUUACUGUGCAAAACACAAAUAAGCAAAGAAAAAAAAAACAGAAAACAUGGGAAAAAAUAUAAUUUGUGAACAAUUUGCUGUUUUAUAGAUUUUCAUGUAAAUUAUUUGAGUAUUAUUUUGUUUUUGUUUUGUUGUAAUUGUUGCAAAGGUUUUAAAUAUUUGUGAUCAAGCCUGUAUGGUGAUAAUGUAAUAUUGGUAACUUGCUGAGUUUUGUAAUAAUGUUUAUGGAGUAAAUAUACAAAUUAAAAUAAGAUUUUGAAUGCUGCUUUCUGAAGAGCGUUGGGUUGUGUUUUUUACCUCCCGCCCUUUACUGUAACUGCAGCAUACGUUUUCAUAUUAUUAGCUUCUUAUUUAGUCCAUUUAAAAUAAUAGUGGCAAAUGGCUUAAAUAACAUACAACUAAUAUUACAAGAAACUAACAGAUGUCUGGAGCGACGUGUAAGUAGCAUAGCUGUUAACCAGCCCCUGCAACAGUAAUCAUAAUAUGGGCAAAUAUAAUCUACUAUAUUCAAUGCUUGGUCUUUUCACAAAAUAUGUACGUAUAAAUACAACCUUACCAAGUCCAA